CCUAUGCCGUGUGGUCACUACUGGUGCGCUACCUGUAUAGUACAAGCCUGCCACAAAGUUCGAAAUGAGAGCCAGUGGCCGAUCGCAUGCUCCAGAUAUUUUGCCUCCUCCUGCUUCCUCACUUUCGACACCACAAAACCUUUUCUAUCGGACGAGGAGAAUCAAAGACUAGCUUCCCUGAUUGAAGAGUUCGAGUCUCCAAAGUUGGGACGUACGUAUUGUUCGAACCGUCGAUGCGGUAUCUUUGUACCUCGCAGAGAAGCCAAAGAUCGCAUCGCGCACUGUCAAGCAUGCCAGACCAACACGUGCUCAGACUGCAAGGGCCCGACCCACCAAGCUGAUGUCUGUCCACUACCAGAUCAUUCGGAACAACGAAUUCUCCUGCUAUCCUACAACGAGAAAUGGCAACGGUGCACACAAUGCGGUCAGAUGUGUGAGAAAAGCGACGGUUGCUCGCACAUGACAUGCUUAUGCGGAUACGACUUCUGCUAUCGCUGC